AUGGGUUGGAGAGUUGCUCUUUCUUUUCUAUUUCUAUUGUCACUACCCCAUGCAUAUUCUCAGAAUUGUGCAUCGGCACGUUUGGGAGCAAAUGAUGUUCUAGAAGCAAUUCAAAUCUACAGUAAUGAAUACGCUCUAGACAGCGACCAUGUGUCGUAUGAAAUCGCAUCGACUGUCCCGUCAAACUCGUUUGAUCAAGUGUCUGACUCAAUACGUAUUAUGGUAAACAAUCAAUCAUCUUGUCCAGCUGACUGUACAGUAACCCUCAAUCGGUAUACUGACUCAUUUCAAGGUGCCGAAACUACUGUGUUGUUUUUUGACACGGAUCACGCCUUCUACUUACCCAGUCAUUACAUAAAGGACAAUAAGACUACGUUUGUAUGCGUUGCGAAUAAUGGAUCUUGUGGAGCUACAGUACCCAUUUACAGAUAUUAUAAAAUUUCGAACGGCGGAGUUUUUCAUGCAUAUUCUUUCGAUCAAGAUAUCACAUAUGAUGGGUAUAAUCAAGAAUUCCUCCCAAUCUGUUAUGCAUGGACGCUUCCAGCAACAACAGUUGCCAGUAGACCGUCUUGUGGAACACUCACCUUUAACAUUCCACCUGAAAUGCUUUCUAAUUUGAACAUUUAUGACAAUAAUAUGGCUGGCAUUGAAAGAGACCACUACUAUACAACACUUCCUUCAACUGAUCCCAGUCUAGUGACCUAUAAUCAAACAGGCGUCCUUGGAAAAGUGCUGACAUCUGCAAAGAGUACUGCUUGCAGUUGUCUUGUCAAACUUCAGCAACAGUUCGAUAACCAAACCGGAUACUUCCAUCGCCUGGACCACAAGCUGAUUGUGACUGGUCAAGAACCAAAUAGACCUUAUGAAGAAUAUGUGGACACUGGAGAAGUGCUCUAUUGCUCGAAAAGGCUUGGAGACUGUGGAGCAACGUUGCCUCUCUGGAAACAAUUUCAGUUUUAUGAUAUCGAUACUGUUUACACUACUGACUCAUCUCCUCUUCCAAUGUCUUACUUGUAUCCACAAACUCCUCUUUGCUAUAUAUGGCCUGUCAACUACUCUCCAAAUGUGUCAACUAUCGUUUCUGGACCAGUUGCUCCAGCUCCGCCAGUUCCCACAACUACCAUAGUUCCAAGUGGAAGUGACUCUACAUCCACGGCUACAAUGGGAACAAUAGGAACCGGAAGUAAAAGGAUUUUGGAUUCUGUCGGACUCACCGACCCAUCGACACUUGGUAGCUCUAUGACCACUCCAACUACUUCAGCAACAUCGAUAAUCAGUUCAUGGGGAACAUCAGGGCCAACUCCAUCAUCCAGCGGAUCGACAAGUAGUGUUUGGGCUACAAACAGUGCAUCAACAGCGAGUACAGUGUCAACAAUGUCUACGCCUUCAACUCCGGUGGCUCCCGGGACUGUGAGCUCAUGGGGAACAAGCAUGACAACGAAUCCAACAAGCCUCUCUACUAUUAGUGUUAUGGGUACUAAUAUGGCUUCAAGUGUAGGUACAACGAUGUCUGGAACAUCUGGAACUAGUGGCACUAGUGGAAUGACGGCUUCCGAAACUACUGGUACUACUGCAUCGACGAUGUCUGGAGCUACAGAAGCUAUGACAACUCCCAGCACUAUGAGUACUUCCUCUACAGGAGGAAUUUCAUCAACAACAGUCCAUCUUUCGGAUGUUGGAGCUGUUACCCCUGGAGUCAUCAUUCCUGUCAAUAUUAGUGCUACUGUGUCAUCAACUCCUGUAAUCCCAGUGACAGCUGGAGAAGAAGUAACAGAAGUAAACAUGGAAACCGAAGCACCACUAAGUGAAGAAUUUGUUCAAACUCCGGAGACAUUUACUCUUUCCAACUUUUGGUUCACCACAACCACACCCUCUAUUCCUAACGUGCAUUCAACAGUUCCCAUUCUUCAACCAUCUGCUACCACAACUGGAACCGCGCCUACUGUCAGCUCUACCGUACUGUCCAGUGUCACGCCUUCUGUUUCAUUGACAACAGGAUCCACUGGAGUUGGUCCUGUGUCUCCUGUUACAGCCAAUGCAGUUCCAAAUCCAACAGGAAUCGUUCCUUCGGUUUCUGUUACUGAAACAGUAACUACAUCCAAUGCGACAACAGAGCUACCACAAGUGAUGGUGACUGGGCCAAUGAUUCUCAUUAUACCUACAAUGCCUCCUCCAACAACCGAGAACUCGGCCACAGUAACUUCCACUCAAUCGACUCCAGCAUCCGGAGCAUCAAACACAACAGAAUUAGUUUCCGGAUCAUCAAAUACAACAGAACCAACUUCUACACUAACUGUUCCUGUAACGAAUUCCCAUGAAGCAUCUCCUGCUACACCAACACCUCAACACGUUGCACAAGCAGCGCCAACCUAUUCGAUAGUGGGAGGGGCUCUCGAUUCCUUCACGAACUCUCCAAUAAUUGGUGCAAUCAUAAGUUCUUCUGUAGCUGCUUCUACUCCAGCACCAACACAGUCGCAGCCUACUCAACCAGUGCUUAAUGCGAUUCCUUCUACAGCUACCGUAUCAACGACUACCCAGGAUUCAGGUAUCAUUUGGAAAGCAGGAGAUUGGAUCAGCAACGCCUGGCACUCUGUAUUUGGAGGAAGUGAUCAGUCUUCUACUGCUACUUCCACCUCAUCUGAAAUCUCUACAACAACUUCAAGACCAAUUGGUGGGCUGGUUGGAAGUCUCAUCAACGCGUCAGGUGGAAACUCAACAAACUCCAUAAAUCCCAUCUCAUCGUUUUUGAGUGGAGCUGGAAACUUCAUUGAUCAACACUCGAAUUCUAAUUCCAAUCAAUCGUUUGUCAACAAUACCAUGAGUUGGAUAGACAACAAAAUGAACAGUACUGGAGAAUUCCUAUCCAACGCAUGGGAUUUGUUUUCUAACCAGACAGAGGGAGGAGUUUUAAACAACACUCAGACAUGGAUUGGUGGAGCUCUAAAUAGGUUUGGAGAAUCAUGGAAUUAUGUGUUUCAAUCAAGACAUUUCAGCACGGGAAAUUUCCUUACUAACGCUUGGAACACAUUGAGCAACAGUAACCCUUCAGGAAGUGUGAUUAAUAAAACUGAAACCUGGAUCGGUGGAGCAGUUGAUAAUACCGGAAACUUCUUUUCGAAUGCGUGGAACUCGUUGAAUUCAAAUAACAGUACUGGACCAAUUCUGAACAACACACAAACAUGGAUAGGAGGAGCACUGAACAGCACCGGAGGGUUUCUGACAAACGCCUGGAACUCACUGGGAUCUUCUGACAACAGUACUUCAGGAACUGCUGUGAACAGUACAACGUUGUGGGUUGCAGGAGCUGUGAAUAGCACUGGAGAGUUUAUUUCAAAUGCAUGGGAUUCGUUAAGUUCGAGUAACAAUUCGAUCAUAGACAACACAAAAACUUGGGUUGGAGGGGCAGUCAACAGUACUGGCCAGUUCUUGGCAACUGCAUGGAACGAGACGAAAGAGCAUUCUGAAAACUUCGUCGAGGGAGCAAAGGAUUUUAUUAACUCGGACUCGGAACAGAAUGUCACAGCUCUUGCUGCGGCUCCACAUCCGAAUCCGAUCGGAAGUGUUGCCAAUGUGAUCCAUCCAAUCGUAAACAGCUCAACAACUGAACAACCAACUGGAAAAAUUGAAUGGAACGGCAGUGUGAUUAGUGGUCCAAUUACAGGCCAAUUCUAUCUGUGA